AUGCAAGGGAAGCGCUUCUACCUCCUUAAGAAUAUUCCAGGGUCAUUUCAUUUUGUUUCCUCCCAGCCAAACAGAGGGACAAAAAGAACCCGGGAAGAUGAAGAAGAAGAUCUCAAGCUGCGGCACAAGCAGGGCGGUGUGCGGGAGCGUGUCCGUCACCGGGAGGAGGAGGCUCCUGCAUCGGAGGACACGGAUGCUGACAAGAAGAAGCUGCUGCACGUGAUCGAGAAAGGCGAUGAGGAAGAGGAAGAGGAGGAGCCCCUGGAUGAGAGUUCGGUGAAGAAGAUGAUCCUCACUUUUGAGAAGCGAUCGUACAAGAACCAGGAGCUCCGGAUCAAGUUCCCAGAUAACCCUGAGAAGUUCAUGGAGUCGGAGCUGGACCUCAACGACAUCAUCCAGGAGAUGCACGUGAUCGCGACCAUGCCGGACCUGUACCACCUUCUGGUGGAGCUGAACGCCGUGCAUUCCCUCCUGGGGCUGCUCGGCCACGACAACACCGAUGUCUCCAUCGCUGUGGUGGAUCUCCUGCAGGAGCUCACCGACAUCGACACCCUGCACGAAAGCGAGGAAGGAGCGGAGAUCCUCAUCGACGCCCUGGUCGACGGGCAGGUGGUGGCCCUGCUGGUGCAGAACCUGGAGCGCCUGGACGAGAGCGUCAAGGAGGAGGCGGACGGCGUUCACAACACUCUGGCCAUCAUUGAGAAUAUGGCGGAGUUCAGACCUGAGAUGUGCUCAGAUGCUGCGCAGCAGGGACUGCUGCAGUGGCUGCUCAAGAGGCUGAAGGCCAAGGUGCCCUUCGACGCCAACAAGCUGUACUGCAGCGAGGUGCUGGCCAUCCUCCUCCAGAAUAAAGACGACAACCGCGAGCUGCUGGGGGAGCUGGACGGGAUCGACGUGCUGCUUCAGCAGUUGUCUGUAUUCAAGCGCCACAACCCAAACACAGCUGAGGAGCAGGAGAUGAUGGAGAACCUGUUUGACUCGCUGUGCUCCUCCCUGAUGCUGAGCUCCAAUCGGGACCGCUUCCUGAAGGGGGAGGGGCUGCAGCUGAUGAACCUCAUGCUCAGAGAGAAGAAAAUCUCAAGGAGCAGUGCCCUGAAAGUGCUGGAUCAUGCCAUGAUCGGGCCUGAGGGGGCAGACAACUGCCACAAGUUCGUUGACAUCCUUGGCCUUCGGACCAUCUUCCCGCUCUUCAUGAAGUCACCCAAGAAAAUCAAGAAGGUCGGAGCCUCCGAGAAGGAGCAUGAAGAGCACGUCUGUUCCAUCCUGGCCUCCCUCUUGCGGAAUCUGCGGGGCCAGCAGAGGACGCGGCUGCUCAACAAAUUCACGGAGAACGACAGCGAGAAGGUGGACAGACUGAUGGAGCUGUAUUUCAAGUACCUGGACGCGAUGCAAGCCGCGGAUAAGAAGAUCGAAGGAGAAAAGCACGACAUGGUCCGCCGCGGAGAGAUCAUCGACGACGACAUGGAGGACGAGUUCUACCUGCGCCGCUUGGACGCCGGCCUCUUCGCCCUGCAGCUUGUCUGCUACGUCAUGGCCGAGAUCUGCAGCGCCAGCAUCCCACAGAUUCGCCAGCGAGUCCAUCAGAUUCUGAACAUGCGGGGCAGCUCCGUCAAAAUCGUUCGGCACAUCAUCAAAGAGUACGCGGAGAACAUCGGGGACGGGAAGAACCCGGAAUUCCGAGAAAGCGAGCAGAAGCGGAUCGUGGAGCUCCUGGAGAACUUCUGAGGGGCCUCAUCCAGCCCAGGGGCUGCCUGGCAGAGGCCGCAAGCCCAGGCACCUGGAAUCGCGCAGGACUUUUGGAAGACACGGAGCCUCUUGUGACUUUUUGAGACAUUAAAGAGUUUGUUUGUUUUCAA